CCGAUACUACCUCUUCUUCUGCUACGUGUCUCCUCCUCCUUUCUCUAUAUGUAUCCACCUUCAGCAGUUGCUCCUCUUCUUCCUAAAAUCUCUUCCUCUUUCUCUGUGUUAACCAGUUUGUAAUUUGUUUGUUUCCUGUCCUCGGUAGUUAACUUCCCAGAAAGAAAACUAUGGGUCGUCUCUGGACUUUGCUUACCCAUGUUCAUUCGCUAGCUGGGCCAGUGGUGAUGUUGCUGUAUCCCUUAUAUGCGUCGGUGAUGGCUAUAGAGAGCACUUCAAAAGUGGACGAUCAGCAAUGGCUGGCUUACUGGAUCUUAUAUUCAUUCCUCACUCUUACGGAGAUGUUGCUUCAAUCCAUUUUAGAAUGGGUGCCAAUGUGGUAUACAAUGAAACUGUUGCUGGUGACAUGGAUGGUUCUGCCACAAUUCAGAGGAGCAGCUUUCAUAUACGAGAGGUUCGUGAGAGAACAAUUCAAGAAACAGGGAUUGGUUAGAGGAGAUGGUGAACACUCCCAUGCCGGCGCCAGGAACAAGUUUGUGCACUUCGUUCUUCCAAAGAAGGGUGCACAUGAAGCUUACUGAA